GGGUAGGGCGGGUGUGCGUGCGCGCCCCGGGCUGGACCUGCGCCUGCGCGCUGGCAGGCGGGAUGCCGGGGCGCCUGCGCGCUGUGAGGCGAGUGGUGGCAGUUGCCGAGGAACUGCGGACAGGAGGGGGCGGGGGGUGAGGGUUCGGUUUGCCGAGGAGAGCUGAGGGGAGGGGGGGCGGCGGCGGGAGUCGGAGUCAGCCUGGCAGCACUCGUCCUUCCUCAGCCCCCGGCCCUGCACAGCUGCGGAGUGCUUCCUUGCGGUCGUUCCUUCAGAGCAGUGUGCUGCCCCUCCUUGCGGGCUGAAGGCCUCCCCCGCCGCCAGGCGCUCCGGCCUGCGGGCACAUCAUGAGCUUCUUCAGCUUCGGGCAGAGCGCCGACAUUGACGUGGUGUUAAACGAUGCCGAGACCCGCAAGAAAGUGGAACAUAAGACGGAGGACGGGAAGAAGGAUAAAUACUUCUUGUUUUACGAUGGCGAGACCGUAUCCGGGAAGGUGAACGUCAGCCUGAAAAAUCCCGGCAAAAGGUUCGAACACCAAGGCAUUAAAGUGGAGUUCAUCGGGCAGAUCGAGCUAUACUACGACCGAGGAAAUCACCAUGAGUUUGUCUCUCUGGUAAAAGAUCUGGCCCGACCUGGUGAGAUGACACAAUCCCAAACAUUUGACUUUGAGUUUACACAUGUAGAAAAGCCAUAUGAGUCGUACACUGGUCAGAAUGUGAAGUUGCGGUACUUUCUGAGAGCAACCGUCAGCCGCAGGUUAAAUGAUAUUACAAAGGAAAUGGAUGUUGUUGUUCACACCCUGAGUACGUACCCUGAGAUGAAUUCAUCCAUCAAAAUGGAAGUUGGGAUUGAAGACUGCCUACACAUUGAAUUUGAAUAUAACAAGUCAAAGUACCAUUUGAAGGAUGUAAUUGUGGGAAAGAUAUAUUUCUUACUGGUUCGCAUCAAAAUCAAGCAUAUGGAAAUUGACAUCAUAAAAAGGGAAACUACAGGAACUGGACCAAAUGUGUUUCAUGAAAAUGACACAAUAGCAAAGUAUGAAAUAAUGGACGGAGCCCCUGUCAGAGGUGAAUCCAUUCCUAUCAGACUUUUUCUGGCUGGAUAUGAAUUGACUCCAUCUAUGAGGGAUAUCAACAAGAAGUUCUCUGUACGGUACUACCUCAAUCUUGUUCUUAUUGAUGAGGAAGAAAGGAGAUAUUUCAAACAACAGGAAAUCACUUUGUGGCGAAAAGGUGAUAUAGUUCGAAAGAGUAUGUCCCACCAGGCCGCUAUUGCAUCACAGCGUUACGAAGGGUCAGCAAAUGCUGAAAACAAACCUUUGAUUUCAAAUCAAGAUGUGGAUAACUAGUUCAUAUCUCUGCCUCUAUCCUGGUUUCUAGAUUAGCAAUAUAAACUGCAAAAAAAAAAUCAAUGGAAAGAAAUGAGUAUUCAAAGUUGAUUCAAUUCCCCUUCAGAAGACAUCUUCAGGAUAAGAGAUGGACUGAAAUUUAAAUUGUUGCCUCUGUGUUUUAAUAUCAAGUUAAAACAGUUUUCAUGUUGCUUUAAAGAUGUGUGAUGGAGCAUACAGAUGCAAGCAAAUCUUAUAAUCUGAGUCCUACCACCAUGAAUCUAUGUUCCUUGGACACAUCAUAGUUUUUAUCUACCAGGAACACCUGAAUUCAGCUCUGAUUUAUCAGCUAUGCUGUGUGGUAUAUCAAUGAAUUUCCUUUCAUAAUUUGUUUUAAGUGCUGGGUCAAUCCUACUCUGAUUGCACAUUGGUGUUGAGUCCACUCACUUGAGAUUGUACAGAGACCUGUACUUCAUCUCGUAUGAAAUUUGGCUAUUGACCCUUUUUUGUCAAAUAGUAUUUGGUUUUAUCAGAAAUAUUUGAAUGUUUCCAUUAACAAUGCAUAAAAUAUCACUGUUGGUACGUGGGAUCAGUAUACAUAGGUACCUGAUGGUUGGCAUGGACCGAAGGAUCUGUUCUUGUGCUGUAUGGUUCUAUUGGCUGUUUUCACAUUUUUUUUAAUGUCUUACUAUACAUGCUGCAUAAAGUUGAUUAUGCUUCUAAAACACACGGAUGUUUAACUAAUAGAAAUUCCUGAAUAUUUUCCAGACAUACUGAAGGGAUCAACUUGUUCUGAAAAUUAGAUUGAAUACUUGACCUUUGUUGUUAAGACAUGUUUGUUUUUCCAGAAUAAGUGAUUUGUGUGUGUAUAUGCAAAAUUUCAAUGAUUUUAAAGUAGAGGUGCCCUUUUUUUUGCUGGAAAUCAUGAUCAGAUUUUAAUAUUCCAAUUUGCCAUUUCACUCCAGGCGGGAGACACGCACUGUGCGUGAGUUAGGCUUGAAGCACUGAUGUUCUAAGGUGGAUUUUCUUAUUAAAGAUAACACCCCUUCUACACAAGGCAAGUUCUUUUGAUAUUUAUAGUAAAUGGCUUUUUUUGUUUUGCAGGUAUUACACAAAGAAUUACAGUUUACAAGUACAAUACAUUAAUGCCCAUAUCUGGACCUUCUGUGUUCAAAUUAGUACCUUUUUUAAUCUUAUGUCAUUCAACAUAGUCAUUUUAAGUUUGGUUAAAAUAUUUGGAGAUGGGAAAAGAGAAAACAUUUCCAAUGACAUCAAACCAUCUGAAAUAGUGUUACCUGAUUCUGCAGAUAGAUUUUUAAUUUCUGAUCACUUUGAAGGUGGAUGUUAAAAUUUCAUUAUCAACUACUUUAAACUUCCCUCCUUGGGGACAAAUGAUGUGUAGCUUUUAGUCAAAAUGGGCACUUGAAAAAUGAGGUAAUCAUUCUUAAAUCCAGAAGAAUAAAUGUUUUUAUAAACAUGUUAUAUUGUUAUUGGCUAUAUCCAAUUCGGUAUGGGGUGCCAUUUGUUUUCCCUUUGUCUCCAUCUUUUCCUAAAAGGCUCUUCGAUGUAAUCAUGUACAUGUGCAAAAUGAAACUAAUCAAAUUUGCUUAAAUAACUGCUGCAUCUGAGAGUCCAAGACCUGCUUGCUAUUUUUAUCUGUUAUGCAGAUUUUUACACUUGGUUGAUUCCUAGCUGUGUUACAGAUGGGUAUUGUUUCUGUCUAGGAGCUAGAAAAUGAGGGAUAAGCCAACCUAAGCAAAAAGAGCCACUUGGCCACAGGAACAAGGAGGCUUGUGACGAUGUGGACCUCUUGAUUCCGAAAUAGUCACAAUGGUGGGCUAACCCAUAAUUUAGGUUGGAAAUUGAGGCUGAAAAUCUGGCUAGGAAUUCAGAUUUUGAGGAUGGGGAUUGGUGCGAGAACAGAAGGGUGUGUUGUAUCUGCCACUACAGAUGCAAAAGCCUUUGUACAGGGAUUUUUAAAAAUUUUUCCUGAUGUUUACUGCAGCUUUAAACAUGUUUAAAUACAUUUCUAGAUAAAACGUUUUGAAUGCUCACUUGCAAAAUGUCUCCGUUUUGUCUACAAGCUUGGCCUUGAACUUCCAGUUAUACGUCGCUUUAAUUCACCCUGCUCCACCCACUCUGAACUCCGCCUCCUUUGCAGUUCCACUGCUAAGCUCAUUAUACGGCCAAGGGGAAAACACCAGUUUCUGACUGGGCAUAUUAGUUUCAUGGACUCUACCUGAAAAAUUUGAAAUCAAUUGUGUCAGUACUUCUUGCCUUUUUUCCAGAUUUUUAGCAGUCAUUCCACGAUGCUUGGAUAUAGAUAAUUCUCCAUUUAAAUGUAUUAACCCUUUGCCACCUUCUUUCACCUUGCCCUUCUGUUUAUUCUCUCCCUAUCAUUGUUGUAGACCUUCCCUUUCUCCACGUCUUAUCUUUUGUAUCUAACUUUUUCCCCCUCUUCUGAUGAAAGGUCAUCAAGCAGAAACAUUAACUUGUUUCCCUCCCCACAUGCUGCCAGCUCAGCUAUACAUGUGGAAUUUUCUGUUUUUAUUUCAGAUUUCCAGCAUCAGCAGUAUUUUUGUUCAAUGUCAAUUUAUGCAUCAGUAUAGAAGGCCUCCUAAGUAUAUCUUCCUAGGUAUAUUUGUAUUAAAGGCAAAGCCACUGGUUGGUAUUUCAGUUUACAAAGGGAUAAUUUUAAAUGUAAAGUAUUUGAUUGUGUGCUGUCAAUAAUGGAGUAAUUGCAAAAAGACUUUUUAAAUUUCCUUUUACUGUUCUUGUCUUUGCUUUGUUCUGGGAUCUAUACUAGUUUAUUAACCUGUUUCACCAUUAGUAGCAAAGACUAAUUUAGUGAGAUGUAACUGAUUUUAUUCAUUUGUAUGUGCUUCAACGGCUAUCACUUUCCUAUUGUUGUACUAAUAAGACAAUCUCACUUUAAAAGUAUAAUCCAAUCUGUUACUAGUAGUUUUUACAGAUUAAAAAAAAAUUAGAAAUGCAAGCAUGAUUUUUGCAUGUCGCUUGGUGUCAAGUGGCUAGUUUGCAUGUGCUGCUCAGUAGUUUGUGGGUUCAAGUAUCAUUCCAUUGAGUACAUUUCUCAGAUGAGACAUUAAACUUAAAAUUCACAAGAGGCAGACAUUUUUUUAAAAAAAAUCACAAGGCAUUAUUUUGAAGAGCAGCCUGAACAAGCAGCAUUAAGGCUGAUCCUCUGACCAUAUUCCUGGUUUUGGGCCUUGUUAUGUGCAAAUUGGCUGCUAUACUUCAAAAGCACUUUAUUGGGUGUAAAAUUCUUUCAGUUGUCAUGAGGUACUAGAAGGCAGUAUAGAAAAGUUUUUCAUUAAAAUGGGUUAUCCAAGUUCUCUGAUCCGGAAAGCUAUAUCAAAAUCAGUGUCCAACUAAGCAUGUCCAGUUGGACAAAGUUCCAGAUGUUUUUGUACCUCAAAAUUAUGGUAUUUUACUGAUUUAAAGUUUCUUUUGCAGUUUUUAUUGAAAUGCUGCCUUGUAUCUUAUUGCCUAAUUUGUAGUUAUGAUCGUUGAGGGCAGUCAGCAGUUUAAUGAUUCAUUUCCUUGGAGCUUAAAUGAUGGCUGACUCAAGAUAUCAUUUCAUAUUUCCUUGUGAUGUUGAUGCAAUGGGCCAUUUUGGCCUGUUGCAUCAAUGCCAGCUCACAGAGCAAUCCCAUCUCCCCAUUAUUUUUUCCUAUAACCCUUUCAACCCACAUUCCCAUCAGCUUUUCCCCAGAUUCUGUCGCUUGCCUACACACUAGGAGGAAUUUGCAGUGGCCAGUUAAUCUUCCAACCCACACCUAUUUUAGGAUGUGGGAAGAAACUGGAGCAGCCAGGGGAAAACACAUUACUCGCAGAGAGAAAAUGCAAGCUCCACAAGUACCUUAAGUACAAGUAGAACUUGGGUUGUUGGAGCUGUGAGGCAGCAGCUCUACCAGCUGCACCACUGUGCCUAUCAGCCACAUUUGACCUGCUAAAGCUCAUUGCACAAAACCCCAUACUGGAGAGAGUUCAGAGGUCUGAGAGAGUAUUGGUGAAGAACAAGAGAAAACAAUGCGGCAUGGUCGUUCCUGUGCACCAGGUUAAAAACAAUAUUGACAUGCAGAUACUCAUCAAAUAGCCUCUGUCAUAAACUGAAGAUGGUAAUAAUAAUAUAAUAUCACAUUCUAUGUAAGGAUAGGGGAGAUGAAUUGAUGCCUAAUGAAGGUCUGUUUGUUCUAUUUCAAUAUAAAGCAGUCUGUCUAGCAAAAGUAUUGCCUUGGAUCAUCAAGCAUUUUUAUCCAAGGUAGUUAGGACUUAAAAUCUUGUUCAGCCAAUUUUAGUGCAUUCUUAACUGUUUCUUUUGCUAUAAUUAUAUACGGUGUGUGAUUUUUUUUCUUAUAGUUUCUAUGCUUUAUAAUAUGAAUAUUCCAAUGGAACCAAUAUUUAGACAUUGGGAGACUAUCAGAUAAAAUACUCAUUGAAACAUGUUUUUAAAAGCAUAGAGUGCUAGAGAAUAUCAUUGUAAUUUUAAUAGUUUUGAUUCCAUCUGUUUUGUUUCGUAAACCAUAAAACAAGGUUAAGAGAGAAGAGGAGAAUGUAUUGAAUGGUUUGUACUUGAUUUUUUUAUUGGGAGAGAAAGUAAAUUUAUAUUGUGCCAUGAAAAAGUUUGAUUUCUCCUGAAAAAUGUAGGCUAUUGUGAACACUUUAACUUGUCAAGCAGCUUUCAGAUCAUUACUUUUUCCAUUUUAGUGACAAAAUCAUUAGACAGUAACUCCAUGAUGAGCUGAACAUAACCAGCAAGUUAAAUGGCUGGGGACUAGACAACAUUGACAUUCAAAGCUAAAGUUGCAGCAGAAACUGAUUAGUUUUCCAAGGCGUUUUCAAAGCCAUUGAAAAAGCAGCUUUCAAGGGAGUGAAAAAUUCAUUUAUAACUUUAUUGUUACUGUAAAUUAAGUGUACAUCUAUGAAACAACUGCCAUCAUUGAAUAGCUAUAAGCCUACUUGUAUCAGUAGUUAAUCUGAAACUUUUAUAGUUGUUAAUGCCUACAAUUGUACAUGCCUAUAAAUACUUCUUUUGGAAGGUACAAAAGCCCAUAGUAAGUGUUAUGUCCUUUUUAAUAUUGUACAUGCGCAAUUAUUUGAAUCCUCAGUUAUCCAUUUGCAAGUAUGAAACUUCUAUAAUAAAGUGGAUUUGUACAUUUUA